AUGCAGACUCCCGUCAUCAUCCUUACCCUCGCUGCCAUGGUCAUGGCCAACUCCAACGCCGGCGUGUGCAAGAACGGCGAGACCGUCGUCUGCCAGGGCCAGGGCAACGGAGGCCUGAUCACUCUGGGCAACGUCCUCCCCGGUGUUCUCGGCCAGAACUGCGCCGCUGGCGAUGUCUACUGCUGCUCCACCGACAAGAUCAACCAGAUCGGUCUCGUCAACUUGGACCUGAAUGCCCAGUGCAGUCUCAACCGCGUCCUGUAA